AUGCCUCUUCUCCGAAACAUCCACACCCGACGAACAACACGUCAAAGACACAUCAACCCUCAUCGAAUCCUCGCCACAAGCCUCCUCCUUCCCGCACUCGCUUUAGCCGACGAUGAGCCUACAUCAUCAACAGACCAAGUCUCAGAACCCUUCGUCGACCAAGUCACAGGUCUCACAAUGGAGCGCUUCUUCGGUGCCCGAACAUCUUUCGCAUUCGCCCUCGCUUUACCGGACGCUGCAACUGCGAACGGAACUGCCGGCUCGUUCAUCGGACAACUACAGUUUCCCCUGGCGAACGGCGAGGGAUGGGGUGCCGCUGGCUUGACGGGGGAUAUGGAGGGUAACUUCAUCCUCGCUGCAUGGCCUGAUGGAAAAGGAGGAGUCAUGGCUUCGUUUCGACAAGCGAUCGACGAAGAUAACCCUGCGGAGGUCAAGGGAAACUUCAAAGUCAGACCGAUACCAGAUGGUGUCUCAGUCAACGAGACGUCGUUGUUGUACACAUUCCUCUGUGAGAACUGCCUCGACAGCACAUUAGGUCUCGGCCCAGAAGCUGCUGUUGGAAACGCAGUGAUGGGCUGGGCGUUGUCUGAGAGGCCUCCGAGAGGAGACCCUUCAAACCCUGGUGCAUUCCUUGGUUUCCAUGAGAGGGGCUUUGGACCUUUCACUGCUCGGUUGGCGCAAGCCAAGACAGCUGGCUUUGAUGCCGUCGCAGCCAAGGCGCUGGACCCCGUGGGUGACUCUGGAAGCGCUGUGGCGACGGUACCCAAUGCGUUUUUGGACGGCGGCAGUGAUGAUGAGGAUAGCGGUGACGAGGGAGCUGGAACGGGAGGUGCAGUCGGGGGUGGCAAUGAUGUUGAUAGUGACUCUGGGGAUGAGUCCGGGGAUGAAGACGAUGACUAG